CAUCACAUCAAGAGUCUCUCUCAAUCUGAAUGCCAAACUGACUCACAAGAAUGAAUGAGAGAUUGAAACUGAAACAGAACAAAACUGAAUGAUUGUCCUACUCCUAUCCAAAUCCAACACUACAAUUUCCAACCUCUAACCACAUUAUCCACAAACACAAACACAAACACACUUGUAUUUUCUCAUCUCUGCCAAAAAAAAAAAAAAAAAAAUGAACUCCUUUUUAUAUUUUUUUCUUUGAUUCCACACAUAUCGUGGCAUGUUGCUAUUUGUGCCGAGUGGCCAUCGCCGUCGUCGACAUGAACAUCUCUGCUCCGGCCACCGGAAUGUCAUCAUCGUCGUCAGCUAUAGUUUCUUCUCAGUUUUGGGUCUCUAACUCUAAGCCAUCUCAGUUCUGGGGUGGUGGCAGUACCAAGCUUGAGUUGCAGAGUAAGAAGGAUCGCUUGAAGAGAAAGCUUAAGUUAGUGGUCACUGCGGAGCUCUCCAGGUCUUCCUCCCUCAGUUUCGGGUUGGACUCUCAGACCUUGCAGUCUUAUGACUCGUCACCAGUGCCUUGGGCUGGUCCAGUUCCUGGGGAUAUUGCAGAGGUUGAGGCAUAUUGUAGAAUCUUUAGAGCGGCUGAACGGCUUCAUGCUGCACUAAUGGAUACAUUAUGCAAUCCAUUGACUGGUGAAUGUAGUGUUUCAUAUGACUUCACAUCCGAGGAAAAACCACUAUUGGAAGAUAAACUAGUCUCUGUCCUUGGUUGCAUGGUAUCCCUCCUUAACAAAGGAAGAACUGAUGUCCUUUCCGGAAGAUCCUCAAUCCAAAAUUCAUCUCGGAUUGGAGAUGUAAGCUCGGAGGAUAUGCUUCCUCCACUUGCCAUUUACAGGAGUGAGAUGAAAAGGUGUUGUGAGAGCUUCCAUGUCGCUCUUGAAAACUAUUUGAUGCCUGAUGAUAAUCGAAGCUUGGAUGUGUGGAGGAAACUUCAGAGACUGAAGAAUGUAUGCUAUGAUUCUGGUUUUUCUCGUCAGGAGGAUUAUCCAUGCCAUACACUGUUUGCGAAUUGGAAGCCCGUUUAUUUUUCGACUUCUAAAGAAGACUCCGGGCCCAAAGAUUCCGAGGUAGCUUUUUGGAUGGGUGGUCAGGUGACAGAAGAAGGUCUGAAGUGGUUAGUGAAUAAAGGGUAUAAGACUAUUGUAGAUCUUAGAGCAGAGACUGUAAAGGAUAACUUUUACCAAGCAGCUAUAGAUGAUGCUAUUUUGUCUAAGAAAGUUGAACUGUUCAAAAUUCCUGUUGAAGUUGGGACCGCACCUACGAUGGAGCAGGUUGAGAAGUUUGCAUCUUUAGUUUCAGAUUGCAGCAAAAAGCCCAUAUAUCUUCACAGUAGGGAAGGAGUGCAGAGAACUUCUGCCAUGGUCUCCAGGUGGAGGCAGUACAUGACUCGUUCUGCAUCACAUUUUGUCUCUAGUCGGUCAGUUGCUUCCAAUGAUAUGUUAUUACGUGAUGCAAAUGAAAUGGGAAAACUUCAGGAUUUUUCCCUUCUUGAAGAAAACUCCCUUCUUAAGAGGGAGAACAAGUCAAUUCAAGAGUCUUUGGGUACAUAUCAUGGUUCAAAUGGAGUAUCCUGCAAAAAAGUUUCUCCCUUCAAGGUUAAGGAACAUGAAAGCAGUAAUGGGGCCUACAACGGCCAUGUUUCUCCCCAAGGUCUGACAUCAGUAGAAUUAGCUGAUAAUGGAGUAGGAUCUGAUGCAAACUACAGCAGGGAAACUGAUCCUCUGAAGGCUCAGGUUCCUCCAUGCAGUGUCUUCUCCAAAAAAGAAAUGUCUAGAUUUUUUAGGAGUAGAAAGAUCUCCCCCCCUACUUAUUUUAAUUAUCAAUUGAAAAGGUUUGAAAUACUGCCAAUUUCAAGAGAGGUGUGUAUUGGGACAAUGUGGAAAGGUGAUACAAUUGCUAGUAAUACUGUACCAUUGACUCUGGAGUCAGGAAGUUCCAAUGGUUCACUUAAUGGAAAAAAAUUAUAUCGAGAGCCCCAAAAAUCACCUGCUGACAAUGGGAAGUAUUUGAUUGGUGAUAUUUUGGUUGCCACUGGUCCAGUUGUGAAUGGACCGGGCAAAGGGGGAAGGUCUUCUGUGAUGACAGAAAAUAUCUCUACGAUUGCGACUAAUAACCAUCUAACAUCCAAAUCUGUACUGAAGGACCAUAAGGUCAAUGGUGGAGCUGCUUUAGUUUCAGCCAGUGAUGACCUGGCUAGGAUUGGAGGUAAUAUGUGUGCUUCUGCAACUGGUGUUGUAAGGGUGCAGUCAAGAAGGAAAGCAGAAAUGUUUUUAGUUCGAACAGAUGGAUUUUCUUGUACCAGAGAAAUGGUGACAGAAUCCUCCUUGGCCUUCACUCAUCCUAGUACCCAGCAGCAGAUGCUUAUGUGGAAAUCGACACCAAAGACUGUAUUGUUGUUAAAGAAACUGGGGCAAGAGCUCAUGGAACAAGCUAAAGAGGUUGCCUCUUUUCUGUAUUAUGAAGAGAAAAUGAAUGUUCUUGUGGAACCUGAUGUGCAUGACAUAUUUGCUAGAAUCCCAGGGUUCGGAUUUAUUCAGACCUUUUAUAGUCAAGACACCAGUGAUCUACAUGAAAGGGUUGAUUUUGUGGCUUGCUUGGGGGGAGAUGGGGUUAUACUACAUGCAUCAAAUUUAUUUAGAGGUGCUGUGCCCCCUGUUGUAUCAUUUAAUCUUGGAUCUCUUGGAUUUCUGACUUCCCAUACCUUUGAUGACUAUAAACAAGACUUAAGACAAGUCAUCCAUGGAAAUAACACUGUGGAUGGUGUCUAUAUAACUCUUAGAAUGCGCCUUCGAUGUGAAAUUUUUCGAAAUGGUAAAGCAAUGCCUGGGAAAGUAUUUGAUGUCCUAAAUGAGGUCGUUGUUGAUCGGGGUUCUAAUCCAUACCUCUCUAAAAUUGAAUGCUAUGAACAUGACAGGCUCAUAACCAAGGUGCAAGGUGAUGGAGUCAUUGUAGCCACACCAACAGGAAGUACUGCUUACUCUACAGCUGCAGGUGGUUCCAUGGUGCAUCCAAAUGUUCCUUGCAUGCUGUUUACACCAAUCUGCCCCCACUCCCUCUCAUUUAGACCAGUUAUACUUCCGGAUUCGGCAAGGUUGGAAAUGAAGAUUCCAGAAGAUGCUAGAAGCAAUGCAUGGGUUUCUUUUGAUGGGAAGAGAAGGCAGCAACUCUCACGAGGAGAUUCUGUACGAAUAUCUAUGAGCCAGCACCCAAUUCCAACAGUUAACAAGUCUGACCAGACAGGUGAUUGGUUUCACAGCUUAAUUCGCUGCCUAAAUUGGAAUGAAAGGCUAGAUCAAAAGGCCCUUUGAAGCCUCUUUCUGUCUGAGAUUGAAGUUUGUGCAAAAUUACUGUACAUAUUGUAAACUGAGAUCAAAGAAAAUUUGACUUUACAAAGAGUAAAUAAUACGUUUCAUUCCCACAUUGGCUUCCAUGUGAAUCCUUUUUUUUUUCUUCAUUUCAAUAUGACAAAAUGCACUUGUAUAAUGUCAUCUAUUACACAGCAAUAAGAUUUAAUCUUGUAGAUCCAUCGAUGAAUCUGAAAGUUGAUUGACGCUUGUUUGACUUC